AUGGAUUUACAAAAUAAUAAUAAUAAUGAACAAUUGUUUUGGAAGGUUUUUCAUAAUAAAUAUAUUUUCAAUGAAAUUUUUAAACAAAUGGAGAAUGAAAUCAUUGAGUAUAAUUGUUUAACUAAAUAUUAUUCAGGAAAUAGAAAAAAGUUUAAAUAUUUAACAGAUUUAAAAUGGUUUUUAGAAAAGAGACAAUUUAAAUUAUUAAAAGAUAAAUUAAAACAACAACUCCUACAACCAAACAUUGAAAAAAUAAAUUUAGAUUUUAAUUCAAUAGUUGAUUUAUUAAAAAAUUGUAAAGAUAGAGAAUUAUUGAAAUUAUUUUAUAUUAAUUAUUCAAAUAUUAUUAAAAAUCAAUUUCAUAUUACAGAUUUUAUAAUAUAUGGAGUUCAAACGUCAAAUUUAGAUUCAAUAACUGUAUUUGUCCAAGACUUUUCUUAUGAAUGUAGUUUAUAUGCAAUAACCGAAGCAAUUUCAAAACGCAAAACUGAAAUUAUACCUAUACUUUUAAAGAGUUUAUCAAAUACUGUAUUAAAAACUGUCAUAGAGUUUUCAUUGGAAUGGUCAAUUAGAUAUAAUAAGAAUAGGAUGGCUUCAUUUUUAUUAAAUAAUUAUCCAGACUAUUAUGUAGAGGUAAUUGUUUCAAAUGGCAGUUCGGAGCAACCCAAAAAUUUCAUUGGUUUCAAAGAAUUAUUUUUUGUUUGUUCAAAUGAAAUGAAACAUUUAUUAAUUGAUAAUAAUUGUGUUUUUAAUGAUUCACCUGAAAAGAAAUUACUUUAUAUUAAUGGUAGUGGUGAUUAUAAUAAAUCUGAAUUAUUAUUAUAUUUAAAAGUUGGUUUAAAAUUAUUUACAAAUGAAAGUUUUCAAUAUUCUCAUGGUAAAAACAUUGAAAAGUAUAAUUCAAUUAUUGAAAAAAAUAAAGAGAGUUUCAAUGAUGAUGGUGACGAUGGUAGAUUUAUAUUUGAAUCAUUACUUAAUGAAAUUGAACCAAAAAGAAUAGAUUAUUUAUUUUAUUUUAAUUAUUUAUUAAAGUAUGAUCAAGUACCAGGUGAUACUAUAAAUAAUGAGUCUCACUUUUUAAUUGUUCAAAAUUAUAUAUUUUCAAACUUUAGUUGUAAUGUUUUGAAAUGUUAUCUCAAAUACGCUCCGAUUUAUUAUAAAUCAAAUAAUAACAUCAGUUUGGAGAAAAUGGAUUUAAAUAUUAAAUUUAAUGAUAAACUUCAUAAAAAUAAGAUAAUACCAUUUCUACAACUAUUUUUUUCCCAAGAUAUAAUUUUAGAUUAUCCAUAUUGGUCAAAAGUAUUUAAAGUAAUAAUUUUUGAUAAAUGUUGUGAAAAUUGUGAUAAGAUUCAAGUAUUGGAAGAUAUUAUUAAUAUUAAGGCUCUACCAUCAUCAUCAAUUUUACUUUUAAAUAAUAAAGAUUGUGAUUACAGUGAUUUAGAUUUCUUAAAAUAUAAAUGGUAUAUUAAUAACAUUGUAAAACCAAAUGUGGAACCAAAUCAAUAUAAUAAAUACAAUAGUGUUUGUUUUUCUUUAUCUAAUAAAGAUGCAAUUGAAUUCUUAACAUGUGAUGAUAAUAAAUUAUUUUUCAAUUUGGGUUUAGAAGAAAGAAGUAAAUGUUUAAAUUAUCAAAUUGAGAAAUUAAACCAUGGUUUAUAUAAUAAACAGUUAGCCAAUAGAUUUAGUUUUAUUUUUAACAAAUCAAUUUUAAAUUGUGAUAUUAAUACAAUUCAAUACAUUGAUUCUUUAAAUUUAAUAAUCGAACCUCCACUUAUCAAUCUUAAUUAUAAUAUUAAUGGAAAUAUUAAAUUUGAAAAGCCAAUUGAACAAGUGGCACAAUUAUUUAAUUAUUUGAAUGAAACAUCCUAUAAAAGUUUUUCACAAGAUUAUUUCCAUUAUAUAAUAAAUGGUGUAUUGGAGAUAUCAUUCCCACAUGAUGAAAUUUACAGUGAAAUCAAAAACAUUCCAUUUCAUUUAUUUAUCCAAAAAUCAAUUAACAUAUUAUUCUUGUGGAUUCAAAAAUUGUAUACACCAUUGGUAAAGAUGAUAUUGGAGGAUUCAAACCUUGGAAAUUUAAUUGGUAAUUUAAAAGAUAUAGAAAUCUUACAAUAUGAUAGGGAUGCCCGUUCUAAAAAAGUGAGAUUAGAAAUAUUGGAUAAAAAUCAAAUCAUUGAUAUUAUUAAUUAUUUAAUAAAUUCAAAAAAUAUGUUGACAAUAUUAAAUCAAUUCCAAUUCAAAACUAAAUGCCUUUUCCAAUAUUUAUAUAAUUUUUUAAUAAUAACAAAUGGUGUUACAUUGGACCAAGUAAAAGAGAUUAAUCAAUUAUUUAAAAGAUUUUCAAUCGAAAUUGAUUAUGAAGCUUUUCAAAUUUUUUAUUGGUUAGCAAUUAAAUCAACAAGAUUAACAAAGUAUUUUUUCUCAAAAUCUGAAUUUGAAAAAGAAAUUUUCAAAUCAACUUCAUUUAGUUCAUUUAUUUUUAAUAAUACAAAUUUAUUACAAUUAACAAAAAAAGAAGAAUUGAUACCUCAUAAUCUAGGAUAUUAUUUAAACCUUGAUGAUUUCCAAUUUGAAAUUAUUUACAAUAGUACUUUUAAAGAAUUAUUAAAUUUAUUAAGGACUAAAAUCUAUGAUAAAUUUAAUUCAGAUUUAAAAUUAAACAAAAGUAAACUUUCAAAAGCUUUCGAAGAUGAAGCAUUGUACCUUUUAAUUAUAAGAGAAUUUGAUUCUUUAUUAGAAUUGGUUGAUAAAAAUCCAAAUUUUUAUUUAUCUUCAACAAAAUUUCAAGAAAAUCUAUUUAAUUCUUUAAAUAUUAAAUCAAUUGAAGAAUUAAGAAAACAACAUUUUGUUUAG